UGCAAGUGUCAGUGAGAGGGGCAGGAGAGCAGGAGCCGUGGCCCCGGGAGCAGGUGCCCAUUACUCUGCGGACUCCGAGUGACCCGUUACUCAUCAUGGCCAAGCCUCCAAAAGACAAGUACAACGCCGUCUGGUUAAUAUUCUUCAUGCUGGGUCUCGGGACGCUGCUGCCGUGGAACUUUUUCAUGACGGCUACCAUGUAUUUCAAGAGCCGUCUCGCUGACGUGGAUGUAGGGAACGACACUCAUUCCCAGCGCCACAAUGACUUGGGGAUCGUGACCACAAAUCCCACCGGCAUCCCGGGCCCUGAUGGCGUCACCCCCUGGACGGCAGUCUGGGCCGGCAACGUGUCCUCCGAAGCCCCCCCACAGCAGACCUACCUGCAGAGCAAGUUCAACAAUGUGAUGACCCUGUGCGCCAUGCUGCCCCUGCUGCUCUUCACGUGUCUCAACUCCUUCCUGCACAACAGGAUCUCCCAGAAUAUCCGAAUCGGGGGCAGCUUGGCCGCCAUAUUCCUGGUCUUUCUGAUAACGGCCAUCUUUGUGAACGUCCCUUUCUCUCCAGCCACGUUCUUCACUCUCACCAUGGUGAAAAUCGUCUUCAUCAACUCGUUCGGCGCUCUCUUGCAGGGCAGUCUGUUUGGAUUGGCGGCUCUCUUUCCGACCAGUUAUACGACUCCCAUCAUGAGCGGCCAGGGUCUGGCGGGGACGUUUGCGGCUUUCUCCAUGAUCUGUGCUCUGGCCAGUGGCUCGAAAUUGGAGGACAGCGCUUUUGGCUAUUUCAUCACAGCCUGCGCGGUCAUCUUCGUGGCUCUCCUGUCAUACCUAAUGCUCAACAAACUGGAGUUUUACCGAUAUUACACGGUGGAGAACCUGAAAGACAACAACACCUCGCUGGAGAUGAAGAAAGAUCUCCUGCACAAAGACGCAGCAGACGGGGGGGCUAAAGAAUCGGAAACCGGAAUACAGUCCAUCCUCCGUAUCUUGAAGAAGAUGUGGGUCACGGCUAUGUCUGUCUGCUUGGUGUUUACCGUCACCAUCGGGAUCUUCCCAUCAGUCACCGCGGACGUGAAAUCCACCAUCGCCGGAGACACGCAGUGGGGUAUGUACUUCAUCCCUGUCUCCUGCUUCCUGCUGUUCAACGCGUUUGACUGGGCGGGGCGGAGCAUCACGGCUGUCUCUGUGUGGCCUGGGCCGGGCAGUAAGCUCCUCCCGAUGCUGGUGUUUGCCCGCGUGGUGUUCCUGCCGCUCUUCAUGCUGUGCAAUGUCACCCCCCGGAGUUACCUCCCCGUCCUGUUUGCCCACGACGCCUGGUACAUCUGCAUCAUGGUUAUCUUUGCCCUGUCCAACGGCUACUUGGCCAGUUUGUGCAUGUGCUUCGGGCCCAAGAAAGUGGACGUACAGGAGGCGGAGACGGCCGGCGCCAUCAUGGCUUUCUUCCUGUCGCUGGGCUUGGCCUUGGGAGCCGCUUUCUCCUUCCUUCUGCGGAUCCUGGUGUGAUCGGGACGUACCGAAGCCUGACCACGUCUAGCCGGUGCUACCUCUCUCCCACCCACUGCGGGACACACUCACCAAACCCCACGCGUGGCCCAGGCAAACCCCACGCGUGGCCCAGGCAAACCCCACCCGUACACCAAGUAUUCC